AACCAGUUAAUGAAGGAAGUAUUUGGUGGUUGGUCAAGUUUUUUGGCAAAGAAGGAAGGGAUUCAAAAGUGAAACCAUGCGGCAUGUCUCCUUCCCCACCAAAACGGCAUUGGAGCGCGACCCAACUCCUGAAUCCUCCGACUCUGACGUAUUUGCCUCCUUCCGUUUCCGCGGCACCGCAAUGAAGUGCAACCAGCGCUUCAAGCGGGUCGCCAAACCCAGAUUACCGGUUCAGACAACCGAACCAGUUCGUCGUUCCCUCAGAACCAAACCCAAUCCCUCACCGCAACCGGACAUAUCUCCCGGCAAAAUGAAAACCUUGACCCUCGAUUUCUUCCAAAUCGACGCGCUGGACCUCGCCCCUCGCUUGCUCGGAAAGUUUCUUCGCCGAGACGACGUCGUUCUUCGGAUCACCGAGGUUGAAGCGUAUAGACCAAACGACUCCGCUUGUCACGGUCGCUUUGGCGUUACUUCAAGAACUGCCCCUGUUUUUGGGCCAGGUGGGCAUGCGUAUGUUUACCUUUGCUAUGGUCUCCACAUGAUGCUGAAUGUUGUUGCUGACAAGGAAGGAGCUGGAGCUGCUGUUUUGAUACGCUCUUGUUCUCCCGUUAGUGGAUUGGAUGUCAUUCAACAGCGCCGAGGUCUAAAAACUGAGAAACCUAUACUUCUUACUGGUCCUGGGAAGAUUAACUUGAGUGAUCUCCCAAAUCUUAGGUUGGUCAGGCGCUGGGUCUUUCGACAGAAUGGUCCAACCAUCCACUCUAUACACCUGGUGGUUUGGAACUCUUAGAUGGUCCAGAGCCAGAAAACAUAUUGGUAGGUCCACGUGUUGGUAUCCAAUACGCUUCGCCAGAGCAUAUCAACGCAUUGUGGAGAUUUGCCAUUGCAGGUACCCCUUGGAUCAGUGCUCCAAAAAACACUCUCAGGCCGGCCUAGUAGUGUACUUGUAGGAAACUUAAGGGAGAAAAAUGGUUUGGUGAUGAUUAACAGAUCCAAUUUAUAUUCGCCUUAGAGAAAAGAUUAGAAAUGUGUCCCGUAUCUGUAUCACCUUUUUAAUUUACGAGCAUAUGCGUGUACAGCUGUUUUAUUACUGCAUCAAUGCUGCUAUUUUCUUAGUAA